AUGAUGAGCCGUACGAGUACGCUCGAUGGAAUUUAUACUAGAGGCACUGCACAACCAGGUCUCUGCACUUCUACUGGGUGUUCAUGGAAGACUGUCGGCGGAGUUAGAACAUGGGUUUGUUGUUGUAAUCAAGAUUUAUGCAACGCAUAUAUUCCACAAGCUUGUUACUAUUGUACAAAUUGCCCACGACCAUUCACUCGUUACGAUCGAUAUGUUUCACUAGUCGAUUCAAACACGGGUUGGUGUGCUAAGAUGAGCACAACGAGUUCACCCGAUGGAUUUUAUACUCGAGGUACUGCUCAACCAGGUCUCUGUAAUUAUGAUGGCUUACAAUAUAUCUAUUCAGAUGUUUCUCGUCUACCAAACAAUGAAUUAUUUGAAACCAUCAAAAGAACAUAG